AUGGCUAAGCGGUCGUUUCCACGUUUUGUGGAACAAGAGCUGGGAAAGUUCCCACAUUUCUUGGUCUACGCCGUGCUCGAAUGGGUGCUGAUAAUUCUGCUAUUCAUUGAUGGGUUUCUUGCGUUUGUCGCCAACGAAUUCGCCAAGUUCUUCGAACUGCGAGCCCCUUGCUUGCUUUGCACGAGAAUCGACCAUGUACUCGUCCACCGGAGCCCCGAUUUCUACUACAAUGAUUCGGUGUGUGAAGCUCACAAGAAGGGUGUUUCAUCUCUGGCAUAUUGCCACAACCACAAGAAACUGUCGGACAUAAGAAACAUGUGUGAAGCGUGCCUCCUUUCGUUUGCGACAGAGAAAGAAUCUGAUUGUGACACGUACAAGGCUCUGGUCGGGAUUCUGCAUAAGGAUCUUGAGUGCUUUGUUGAGGAUGAUAGCCACAUUCAUCUGAGUUUGCAUCCAGGAAAGAAGGAUGAUAUUGUACAGGUACUUGAGAAGAGUAGCAUAUAUUGUUGUUCUUGCUGUGGAGAGCCAUUGAAGGUGAAAUCAUCCUAUUCAAAGGGAAAAGGUGCUGCUGCGUAUUCAGUGGCUCCUGCUUCUUCCCCACGAACACCCGUUGUUGGAUUGAGAAAUGAUCAGGAGUCUCGCAAUUCGGAUUUGGCCCACAUCCGAUACACGGAGCUCAAAUUUAUUUCCGAGAACAACUCGCCUCCGGAGGAUGAGGAUGGCUUGAAUGCACUUAAUCCCGAUACUCAAUUUAGGGAAGAUGUUAAAGCCGCUACAGUGCCAUUAUUGACCGAAGCUGAGGACUUGAAUGACGAUGCCUUUAAGACCCCUAACUUUGGUAGAGGGAACAGGUUCUUUGGAAUCCCACUAACAGAUUCAGCUACUAAUAGUCCUAGGUGGGGGGCUAGUAGGAUUACAAGGAAAUCCCCACUUGAAAAAACAAUGUUUGCCUCAGAGUCUACUGAAGAGAAUAUGCCAAAUGAAGCUGAUAGUGAUUCCAUUUUGCAUCAUUUGAAGAGACAGGUUCGGUUGGAUCGCAAAUCGCUGAUGGCUUUAUACAUGGAACUGGAUGAAGAAAGAAGUGCUUCGGCUGUUGCAGCUAACAAUGCAAUGGCAAUGAUCACCCGGUUACAAGCGGAAAAGGCGGCUGUUCAGAUGGAGGCCUUGCAGUAUCAGAGAAUGAUGGAGGAGCAGUCAGAGUAUGAUGAAGAAGCCCUACAAGCAACAAAUGACUUGCUUGUCAAGAGAGAUGAAGACAUCAAAGUUUUAGAGGCUGAACUUGAGGCAUAUAGAGGAAAAUAUGGAUGCUUAAGGGAAGAUGGUUUCAAACAAUGCGAAAUGGAGGCUGAGGAGGAUUACCGGGAGUAUAAAGCACAAUCUUCCUCACCUCUCAGUGCAAAAUCUGAAAGUGGUAGUUCUCAUACUAGUGUCAAUGAAGUGGAGAUUAUUGUAGAAUCUGCACACAAUAAUUUCCAAGCCUUGUCAUCAAAGGAAGAAAAUGGAGGGGGUACUCUAAGUGAAUCAUUGAAUGGUUUUAAAGGGGAGGGAAGCACUCUUUUGGGACGGUUUAAAAAACUGGACAAGAGAAAUCUGUUGGUAUUGGAUAACGGAGUUCAUUCCUCGCUGUCUAGCUAUGACAGUGUCGAGCAUAUAAAUGAUGAGUUAGAAAAGCCGAGGAAGCCUAUCCUAACAAGAGAAUUGUCUCAUCUUAGUAAGAGGGUGAAGGCCCUUGAAGCAGACAAUGGAUUCUUAGACCAUGCUGCUCAGACACUCACACUCGAGAAACAUAGUGAAGGAACAGAACUUUUGUUAGAGAUAUCUCGAAAUCUGCGGAAGCUUCGGCACCUUGUGACAUCGCCCCUUGAAGAGAAUGAUGCAGGAUUCUCAUCCUAA